CCACGCCCAACCAUGUCGAUUGACUUUCCCAAGGAAGAGGAGCGCAUCCUUAAGCGCUGGGAGGAGAUUGAUGCCUUCCUGACGCAAGUUGAGCUGUCGAAAGGCAAAGACCCAUACACCUUCUACGAUGGACCGCCAUUUGCGACGGGCAUGCCACAUUAUGGCCAUCUCCUGGCCUCCACCAUCAAGGAUAUUAUCCCACGAUACUGGUCCAUGAACGGACGGUAUGUCGAGCGCCGAUUUGGUUGGGACACACACGGCGUGCCCAUCGAAUAUGAAAUUGACAAGGAGCUUGGAAUGUCUGGUCGCGACGCCGUUAGGGAAAUCGGUAUUGCCAAGUACAACGAGAAGUGCCGGGCUAUUGUCAUGAGAUAUGCGACCGAGUGGAGGCACACGAUCAACAGGCUGGGUCGCUGGAUCGACUUCGACAACGACUACAAGACCAUGAACACCAGCUUCAUGGAGUCUGAAUGGUGGGUGUUCAAGCAGCUCUACGAGAAGAACGCUGUCUACCGUGGCUUCAAGGUUAUGCCUUACAGCACUGCGCUGGCCACACCGCUCAGCAACUUCGAAGCCUCGCAGAACUACAAGGACGUUCAAGAUCCCGCUGUGGUCGUCACCUUCCCUCUUGUUGAGGACCCUAACACAUGUCUGCUCGCUUGGACAACCACGCCAUGGACUUUGCCCAUGAACACUGGCCUCUGCGCACACCCCGACUUUGAGUAUAUCAAGAUCCUCGACGAAGCCUCUGGCAAGCACUACAUUCUCCUUGAAGCGCUGCUGCGAACGCUGUACAAGGACCCCAAGAAGGCGAAGUUCAAGAUUGUGCAGAAGCUCAAGGGCAAGGACUUGCUUGGUUGGAAGUACGAGCCCCUGUUCGACUACCUGUAUGAUGAGUUCAAGGACUUCGGCUUCAAGGUGCUGAAUGACGGAUAUGUCACAGCAGACAGCGGUGUGGGUAUUGUCCACCAGGCACCCGCCUACGGAGAGGACGAUUACCGAGUUGCUAAGGAGCACGGCGUCAUCACCGAGGAUCGACUGCCUCCCAACCCUGUUGACGAUGCAGGCAAAUAUACCUCAGUAGUACGCGACUUCGAGGGCCAGCACGUCAAGACCGCGGAUAAGGGCAUCAUCAAGAUGUUGAAAGCCAAUGGCAGACUUAUCGUGGACUCCCAGCUUCUCCAUAGCUACCCAUUCUGCUGGCGAUCUGACACACCUCUUAUCUACCGAACCGUUCCAUCAUGGUUCAUCAAGAUCCAAGACAUCAAGGAGAAGAUGCUCAAGAACAUUGAAGGAUCGCACUGGGUGCCUUCGUUCGUCAAGGAAAAGCGAUUCGCCAACUGGAUCCAGAACUCACCAGAUUGGGCUGUUUCGAGAAACCGUUUCUGGGGCACACCACUACCUCUAUGGGUCAGCGAUGACGGCAAGGAGGUUGUUUGUGUUGGCAGUGUGGAGGAGUUGAAGAAGCUCAGCGGCUACGAGGGCGAGCUUACUGACAUUCAUCGCGACAAGAUCGACGACAUCACCAUCCCCAGCAAACAAGGCAAAGGCGUCCUGAGGAGGACACCCGAAGUUUUCGACUGCUGGUUCGAGUCCGGAUCCAUGCCAUACGCAAGCGCACAUUACCCCUUCGAGAAUGUUGAGCAGUUCGAGAAGUCUUUCCCCGGUGACUUCAUUGCAGAGGGUCUUGACCAAACCCGUGGAUGGUUCUACACAUUGACCGUUCUCGGAACCCAUCUUUUCGGCAAGCUGCCAUUCAAGAAUUGCGUCGUUAACGGUAUUGUGCUGGCAGAAGAUGGCAAGAAGAUGUCGAAGCGCCUGAAGAACUACCCCGACCCUCUCGGUGUCAUGGAGAGUUAUGGUUCGGACGCCCUGCGACUGUACCUUAUCAACUCGCCUGUCGUUCGUGCCGAGACACUUCGCUUCAAGGAGGCAGGUGUCAAGGACAUUGUCUCUAAGGUCCUCUUGCCGCUCUGGAAUAGCUACCAGUUCUUUGACCAGCAGGUUGCUCUUCUGAAGAAGGUCGCUGAUCUUCACUUCGAGUUUGACCCUGCUGCCGAGAAGACUAACACCAACGUUCUUGAUCGCUGGAUCUUGGCCUCGUGCCAGUCGCUGCUCAAGUUCGUCAAUGCUGAGAUGGCCGCAUACCGACUGUACACCGUCGUCCCGCGUCUGCUUGAGCUCAUUGAUAACACCACCAACUGGUACAUUCGAUUCAACCGUCGCCGCCUCAAGGGCGAGUACGGUCUGGAGGACACAAAACACGCCCUCAACACCCUGUUCGAGGUUCUGUACACCCUCUGCCGAGGCCUCGCCCCCUUCACCCCAUUCAUCACCGACAACAUCUAUCUCCGCCUUCUCCCCCACAUCCCUAAAGAGCUCCGCGCCGAGGACGACCGUAGCGUGCACUUCCUUCCAUACCCCACAGUGCGCGAAGAGCUGUUCGACGAGGAUGUCGAGCGCCAGGUCAAGCGCAUGCAGUCAGUCAUUGAGCUUGGCCGUAUCUGUCGUGAUCGCGCCAACAAGGGCUUGAAGACUCCUCUGAAGACACUGGUGGUCAUCCACCCAGAUCAGCAGUACCUUGACGACAUCAAGUCGCUGCAGAACUACAUCCUGGAGGAGCUGAACGUCCGCGAUCUUGUGCUGUCGAGCGACGAGGAGAAGUACAACGUACAGUACACAGCGACUGCUGAUUUCUCCAUCCUGGGCAAGAAGCUCAAGAAGGAUGCAGUCAAGGUCAAGAAGGCGCUGCCCAACCUUAAGAGCCAGGAGAUCAAGGACUACAUCAAGAACGGCGAGAUCACCAUCGAGGGCAUCAAGCUGGAGGGUGAGGAUCUACUUGUCAAGCGUGGUUUGGCGAAGGACGCCGAUAGCAAGGACCAGGAGUUCAACACAGACAACGAUGUUCUCAUCAUCCUGGACGUCGCCAGCUAUCCCGAGCUUGAGCAGGAGGGUCUCGCACGUGAGGUCAUCCGUCGUGUACAAGACUUGCGAAAGAAGGCCGGUCUUGUACCUACAGAUGACGUUGGCAUGGAGUACAAGAUCUUGAGCGACCCCGAGAACGUCGGUCUGGAAGCAGCAUUUGAGAACCAGGGCCCACUGUUUGAGAAGGCGCUGAGGAGGAAUGUCGACAAGCACACUAUCACCGAACUCGAUGGCAAGAUCCCCGAGAAGAACAAUGACACAGUCAUCGCCGAGGAGGAGCAGGAGAUUCAGAAGGCCACCUUCUUGUUGCGUUUGAUCAAGUUGUAAGGGUUUGAUGGGUAGAAGUAGAGCAUGUUCUGGCGCACGUUAUGAUAUCACAAAAAGAGUAGAUAGACGAAGGAAUG